UAACGGUUUCUCCUUUACAGACGACGUUCAGCUUUUAAGGUGUGUUACUCGACAGGUGUUUUCUGCACUUUCAUCUACGAAAAAAGUGAUCAUUUUUUACCAUUUAACAUAGAAAUUUGUUCCUAACACGAUGGAGACUCCAUUCGAAAUCUUCUGUUUUGUUCUCUUCAUCCUUGAGGGGUUCCUUUCGCUUGCAUACGCACACAUAGUUUUUUCCUUCCGUGCAUUACCUUUAAAAGAUAUGGCAAGAUUGCAAUACUUUUUCCUUUUCGCAACGUUAACGGUUGCGACCACUUCACAAGUCGUCGUUAACCCGUUUUGGAUGGGUGACACUUUUAUAAUGGGCCACCAUUUAUAUUGCUACGUAACAUGGAACGCGUCGAGUUACACAAAAAAGAUGAUCCAUUGGAGUUCGCUAAAUUGGACAGAGAGUCGCAUGAAAGUCUUUCCGCUCUUCUUGGGCACGUUGGGCCUUGUUUUUCUCCACGGCCAACACGCUUACCUCCUAGCUAUGCAGAUGCACAUCAAUUUGAUCAUCCUGGGAUUGGUUGCUGUUCAUUGCGCAGUGAUGGCAGUUAUGUAUAACAGGCAACUCGCCUGGGCAGCUCCAAGCAACGUUCCAGAAUGGAUAGCCAAACGAGUUGAAGAUUCUAAAAGUAGUUUAUCAUUAACUGGAAAUGAUAACAACAGCAGUACAUCAACCACUAGCCGAUCGCGCAAAGCCAUGAAACGUGAUUAGUUUGAUCUCCUAAAUAAAA